AUAGUUGAUGUCAGUCUCGUUUGAUCUGUCGUCUAUAAAACUGCUGGUAAAACUUAAGCGGCAAUAUGUUUUGUAUGCUUGGGCUCUUAUCACUGGGCUCGUUAGUGAUAACAACAAUCCUAAGUGCGCAACUGGUAGAGGCUGAAGCAGCGCAUCGUUGGUUUUCAGGGGAACAUCAGAGUAAUGAGGAUCAGAGGGGAGCUCAUUACCAGGAGCAGAGAGGACAUCACAAUCACGGGCAUUACCAUGGACAUCAUCACGGACACGAUUACAAUCCCAAUCAAUUAAAUGAUCGUUUUCCGAGCAUUGGGUAUAAUGGCCCCCCAUUUUAUGGGCCCGUUUAUGGCAACCAGCAUCGAGGAGGUGCAUAUCCGGGUCAAGGGUUUGGAUAUCAAGAUCCUAGCUUUGGUAUCAAUGGUCAGCAAGGCGUCGGGUUCGGAGGUCGCAGUCCCAAUGGAGGUUACGGAGGACGCCCAGGUUUUGGGAAUGCUUACCAACCGAGACCAGGAUACGGUGGUGGUGUCCCGCCAUAUCAGAGCGGUCAACCAGGUCAGGGAUUUGCUCCCAACGGAUUUCAACAGCCUGAGCAGGGUUAUGCUGGGGGUCCAUUGCAACCACAACCAGAAGUGCAACAACCUGGCGUAGGUCUUAUUUUCAACGGUGUAAAUCCACUGCAACCACGACCAGGACAAGGACUGCCAUAUUCUGGAGUACCCCAACAACCUAACCCAAGCCAAUCUGGAAGCGUUGGAAAUACAUUACAACCACGGCCAGGACAAGGAACUGCAGAUCCCUUUGGCGUUCAAAAACCUGACGAAGGCUUUAAUUCCAACAAUGACAAUUCAUUUCAACCUCGACCAGGGCAGGGACUGACACAUCCAGGUACAGCCCAACUUCCUAACCAAAGUCAGCCAGGAAGCAUUGGAAAUCCACUCCAACCACGUCCAGGGCAAGGAACUACAGAUCCCUUUGGCGUUCAACAUCCCGACGAAGGCUUCAAUUUCAACAAUGAAAAUUCAUUCCAACCUCGUCCAGGACAGGGACUGACACAUCCAGGUACAGCCCAACUGCCUAACCAAAGUCAGCCAGGAAGCAAUGGAAACCCACUACAACCACGUCCAGGAAAAGGAACUGCUGAUACCAAUGGCGAUCAACUAGUCGAGGAAGGUUCACUUUUCAACAGUGCCAUUCCACAACAACCUCGCCCAGGACAGGGGCAACCAUAUACGGGAGGACCUGUCCAAGGCCAAACUGGAAGCAUUGGAAGUCCACUGCAGCCGCGGCCAGGACAAGGAGCUACAGAUCCCUUUGGACUGCAACAACCCGACGAAGGCUUUAGUUUCAAUGGUGAAAAUUCACUCCAACCUCGACCAGGUCAAGAAUUAUCACAUUCAGGUGGACCAAACCAAAGCCAAUCUGGCAGCGGAAGUCCAUUGCAGCCACGUCCAGAACAAGGUCAAAUCGAACAGUCCUAUCCAAUUGGACUCCAGCAACCAAGUCAAGGUCAGUCUGGAAGUCCACUACAACCACGACCUGGACAAGUGAGCUCUAACUUAAUUUCUUUCCCGCAUGCAGAACAUACUGGCAAUGUUCCAUCUGGUGACUCCAUUCAAUCGCAUCCCAAAGAUUUCUCUGUUCAACCACACGCUGAUCAACAUAAUCAGACUUCGUCGAAUUUGGACCAAAGUUCGGAUAGCAAUCAAACCGACCACACUGUUGACGACAAUAUAUUUUCUAUUUUUAAUACGAAAGAAAACGGUAUAAAACCACUCUCUGUGGACACUCUGCCCCAAUCAAUAGAAGGACGCUUUCUCUUAUCCACCGAUCCGAAAUGUAAAGAAGGAUCCGAUGUUAGAAGCGGUCGCUGCCGCCAAAGUGCAUAAACUGCGCUUCAAAAAAACAAAUUGAAACUAAUCAGCUUAAAAGAUCAAACAACCUAUUUGUGAUUGGCUACAUAAAUAUUUAAUAAACAUUUUGAAAACGAUGCAUCAGUAAA